UCACCCCUUUAAAGUCUCCCCAAACACUACACUUCACACGACCAGUUUAAAAAUCCUUUUCUACAACCACCAACAAUGCGCAAAUAUGUCUAUUUCCUGCAAAUGCCUGCUUCCUAAUUGCUUUAAGGCCGUCCCGGCCCUCGAAUCGCCGAUCAGAGGUUCCGGCCACCAGAGACUGGCGAUUGCCGACCUGAUCAGUGACCCCGGCUCGUCGUUGAGCGCCGAGGAUUUGACCUCGAACUCUGUCAUCGGCUCAAACCUUCAUGUGUUUACACUGGCGGAGCUCAGGAAGAUCACCGGCGACUUCUCGCCGGUUAAUCUCCUUGGCGAAGGUGGGUUCGGCCCAGUGUAUAAAGGUUUCGUGGCUGACGGGUUCAGGCCCGGUCUGGUGGCCCAGCCUGUUGCGGUUAAGGCUUUGGAUUUGGAGGGAUUUCAGGGUCAUAGAGAAUGGCUGGCUGAAGUGGUCAUUCUCAGCCAAUUGAAACAUCCCCAUUUAGUUAAAUUGAUUGGGUAUUGCUGGGAAGAUGAGCAGAGGCUUUUGGUUUAUGAGUACCUUCCCAGAAGAAGCCUGGAGACCCAAUUAUUUCAAAAGUACUCCAGUUGCUUGCCAUGGCUGACUCGAAUCAAAAUCGCAGUUGGGGCUGCAAAGGGCCUGGCUUUUCUCCAUGGGGAAGAAGAACCCAUCAUCUAUCGCGACUUCAAAGCUGCAAACAUUUUACUUGACUCUGAUUAUGUUGCAAAACUUUCUGAUUUUGGGCUAGCAAAGGAUGGUCCGGGAAGAGAUGAAGGACUUGCCACAACUCGUAUCAUGGGCACCAAAGGUUAUGCAGCCCCGGAGUAUGUUAAAUCAGGUGCAAAUAAUGUUAAGCUAUCCAUAUCAAACUAAUGUAAAUGAUCAAACUAAAACAUAUCUCUAAUGCUCCUUUGUAAUUGUUUCUACUUUUUACCAUAGGCCAAUUGACAACUAAGAGCGAUGUAUACAGCUUCGGAGUGGUUCUAUUAGAACUCAUUACAGGAUGUGGUAGCGCAGACAAAUGGAGUCUUCUUAGUAACAACCAGGACUUAGUGAGUUGGGCUAAGCCUAUGCUGAAAGACUCGCGUAAGCUCGAGAGGGUCAUGGACCCGAGGCUCGAAUUUGAGUACUCGUUCCGUGGUGCCAAGAUGGUGGCUGCAUUGGCUCACCGGUGUCUGAGCCACUGCCCGAAGUCCAGACCAACAAUGAACCAUGUGGUUAAGACAUUAGAGGCAGUCUUGGACUUGAAGAUAAUACCAAUUGCUCCUUUUGUUUACAUUGUCCCUUCUGAUCAUAUAGAAGGACCAACUAGUACAGAAAAAAUGCAUGGAGAUAAAAGAAAGAAAGAAAAUCAGCAGAGGGGUUGUUCCUUUGGGAUUGAGGGUUCUGGUACAUAUUCUGAUACUAGUUUAUACGUAGCUUUUAGGAAAGAGCCAAAAUCUGGAACUAAUAAGCACAAGGAGCAAAGGAGAGUACAUCCCAAUAUUUGAUGAUGAGUCAAUAUAAUUCAUCCUUAAUUGGGGGUAAUAAUAUAUGUACGUAAUUUGUAAAAUGUAAUUAUAUAUUCGUUAUAGUAUAAAUAUAAUUCAAUACACCGAAUAAGAGUAAGAUACUUCUCAAUAUCUCUCAGCUCGCGUGGCACUAAAUAUCAUUUUUGGCUUAAACUUGUGCAAUUUCAAAGUAGCCAGGGCAGAGGCAGAAUGUGAGGAUAGGGGGGCAAAAAUGUUAACCUUAAGGGCUUGUUUAUUUAGCAGCUUGUAUAUAAUUUUUUCUUGUGUGUAAAGUUUAGGGAAAGCAACUAUCAAAAUAAAAAUACACUAUUUGAUUAGGCGUGUAAUGUUUUUAAAUUAGAUGUUACGUCAUUGUAGUGCUUUAUAAAAAAAUAAUUAAAAUCUUUUACUGCA